AAUAUAAAACAUUCUUUGCAGCAGUAGUCAAUCUAGUACUUUUUAUAAACGGCAAACUAGACCUUUUACUGAAGCGACUAAACAAUGAAUUUUAGUACGUCUCUGAUAGUUGCUAUUCUUGGAUUUUUCUUUGGAGCUGCGGCUGUUUUAAGUCAGAGAGAGCGAAUAGUAAGCAACUCGGAGCUGCUUAGAAUAUCAAGUCAACUUUCAAUGCUAGAUGAAAACUCAGCUUCUGACAUUCAAACGAACAAACAAUGUCACACGACAAGCUCAGCGACAUCAGAUUGUGCGCCGGAAAGGUUUAUCGGGAGCGUAAGUGGUAGCUUACUAGGGAAGCCGACCUAUAGAGCUCUAAUAGCGCUGUUGGACAAUUAUGAAAAAAAGCAAGGCAAACGGGAACAAGUUACAAGACAGGAGAGUAGUGAAGAAGUGGCAUUUUUAAACGCGAUUUUUGAGACCCCUGUUGGAAGAAAACUUUAUGAGUUUUUAAACAGAAAGAGUCUGGCAGAUGGUCAUAGUUUAAACGACUUUAAACGGCAACUUCAUAAAAUGUGGUUCAAGUUAUACAGCAAGUGGAAAGGCGUGUUGGAUUCUUGUGGGUUUGAACAUGUAUUUGUCGGGCAGUUAAAAGAACGAAAGGUAACAGGCUUUCAUAACUGGGUACAGCUCUAUAUUACGGAGAAAACAGGACAGCUGAACUAUUUAGGUUACACGAAAGUCAUUAACUCAGGUCUAUACAGCAUUCACUUCGAGUGGGCGGGUGGCUUGAAGCCAAUGUCAGGAGUUUAUGUUGGUCUGAGUCCAGAACUGGAAUUUUCCUUAUUUACUCUGUGCUACAUUACAAGGCCUGGUACCACGUGUCGCGUAAAGUUACCUGGCAGAGAUGGGGGUGUUAUCCGUAGAAUACAAACACACGAAUGGGCCGGACAUGGCAACGACAGAGGCUCAAGAUACGUGGCUUCGGCAUUUUUUAAAGUUUAAACUGUUUUAAACGUGUAUGUGUGCAUAUGUGCGGUUUACGUGUUGUUUUGACAAAUAAAUACACGAUGAUUCGUGAA